UGAAUUGACACUGAUGUAUGCCGCGUACGGGUUGACAACACAACCGAUAGCGUCGUAAACAUAAAUUAAAUAAACCAUUUAUCUUCCACGAUGGACUCUCGAUUGAGAUAGUAUUGUAAAAUAUAAAUUCUUCUAGCGAUAAAAUGCUUGAUACGGAGCAGGACAAUACUUUGAAACAACGUACUGAACGAGAUGUAAUCCUUGAAGAACAUCACGGGAUUGUGGAGGAUCUUAAACGAGAUUUGCAAUUAUGCAAGGUCGAACAAAAUAAUAUACGAACCGAAUUAGAAGUUUUGCGAAAUGAGAGUCACAAAAUUGAUGACAUACGACAAUCCUUCGAUCGUAUUCACGUGGAAGAAUGCGAUAACCAAGAUGUAUAUAAGAAAGAGAUAGCAAAUUUACAGGAGCGUAUCGCGCUGUUAGAGACCGAGAAAGAUUCGGUUCUGCAAUUAUGGCAUAUUUCGUUGAAUACUGUAAGUGCCUUGGAAGAAGAGUUGAAGAGACUUCGUAUGGAUGAGAGAGGUACACAAUUUUAUCAAGAACAGGCAAAUGUUAUUAAGAAAAGUUAUUCUGAAGCUAUUAAAAUGUUGGAAGAAAAACUUUCUCAGGCUAAAGAAAAUUUUAUUAAACAUGAACUGCUGUAUCGGACUAGUACAGAAAAAGUUGAAAGUUUAAGUAAAGAAAAGAAUGAACUUUUAGAGAAAUUUAAAAGUUUACAAAAAGAUGCUCAAGAUAAAGAUAGGAAUAAUCAGGUGACAAUAGAGACAUUGAAAAGGGAACUAGCUUAUGCUAAAGCAGAAACCAAUAAAAUAGUACAAGCCAAAUUGGAAUUGGAAAAAAAAUUGAACGAGGUUAAGAGAUACGCCGACAAUAUAAUGGAAAAGGACAAGGAAACAAAGAAUAAAAUGACGGAAGCUAUCGAACUGAUCGAAUCAGCGGUCAGGGAAAAGGAUUUGGUACUUCAUCGCGAAGCACUGGUUUUGGAAGAGAAAGCCCGAGUAGAGCAUCGUUUAGCUGUAAUAGCAAACGAAUACGACGCGAAAAUACAAGAAUUAAAUAAAAAAACUCAAGAUGAAAUUGAGUUAAACACAAAGAAAUAUAUAACAGAAAUUAAAGAGCUUAAAAUGGAAUUACAAGAAAAGGCAGCAUUAGUAGAGAAAAUUCAAAGAGAAUUAAAAUGUACCGACGAAGAAUUGAGUAAAAUUCGUAGAGAUUCUAGCAUGAAACUGUUGGAUUAUGAGCAAAAAACAAAACGUUUGGAACUUCAGUUACAGGUGUACGACGAAGCGAUAGCUAAAAACAAGUACGAUAUGGAAAUUAAACAAUUGAAAGAAAAAAUUACUAAUCUCGAAGGUGGACUAGUUACUUCAAACGAUAAGUUACAAAAAUUAGAACAACAUAGUAUAGAAGAUCAGAUUAAAAAGGCUGAUCGUGAAAGUAAGGACAUAAUGAAGCAAUACUCGGAUUUAGAAAGCCAAUUGAGUAAAACAUUAGGUGUUAAAGAAAACCUCGUAUUGCAAUUAAAAUCGCUAAAACAAGAUUUUGAUUAUGAAAUACAAAGGAGAGACAAUGAAAGACAUUCUCUUGAGAAUAAAAUUCAUGAACUGGAAGUUAAUCUUCGGAAAACAGGCUGUACAAAGGAACAUAAGUUACAAGAUGCGAUAGUCGAUGAAACGAAUCCGCAUUUGUUCGAUAUAAAACAAAAGCGUACUUUGGAUAUAACGGUGGAAAAUAAAUGUCACUGCUGCCAAACAGUGUUCUCGGAUCAAAUGAAUAAAUUGCAGGAAAAAUUUGAUAAAAAAUCAAAAGAAUUAAUUCAUCAUGUACAAGUUCAUCAAAAACUAAGUAAAAAAUGGAGGGAUGAGGCAAAAUUAUUGGCAGUCAAAUUUCAAGGAAAAACUAAAGAACUUAAAGGAAAAAUAAGCACACUACAGAAAGAAAAUAACGAAUUAAGUACAGAAUUGUUAACUUGUAAGCAACAAAUGGCACAACAUAUGUUGCAAGACAUACGACAAUUUAACACUACAAGUGAAAUCAGGUGACAAUAUUUUUCUCUACCUAAACAAACUUUACAUCAAAUAUCUGAAUGUGUACAUAUUAUAAGAGUAUGUAAAUUUAUUUGCAUUAGAAAUACAUUUUUCACUAUAGA